AUGCUUCUGGCUUUUUGCCUGUUUGAAGUGUCCCUCGCGUUUAAUGUCGGCAUCAGGAGUCGAGCUGAUGACUCAGAUUUCUUGCCUGGCCAGCCAUCUGAUGAUCACGUUAUCAUCUCAGAUCUUGUUCCUGAAGAAAGUUCAGUUGUCAUAAAACCAGUGUCGUAUUCCUAUACGACAAAGAACACAGAUCAGAAGCCGUUAGGAAGCGUCGUCCAUGCAUCAUCACCUGGAGAUCAACAGCGCAGAUCCGCAGUGAAUCAUGGGACAGUUAGGCCAGCUGCAAGUCACGAUACAGUUGUACACCACGUCACUCCGCAGCGCAGCGACUCGCCUCAACAGCACGAAAGAGCAGCUGCUGAAGAGAACCGCCAGCCACGACACGAGAAGACGACGCAUCACGGGGCAGAACCAAGUCGCAAACACGUGUAUGAAGAGCAACAAGGGAGGAAGCACUUUCGUGAUGAAGACGAGGAGGGACAGGAAGGAACGAGGAAUCUUGAUACCGUGGCUCGCCAUGAGGAGCAGAGAGGGCGGAAACAGCCUCACAGAGAACCCGAUGUAGAGGAAGAGGAGGAGGAGGUUCCUGUUCGUCGUGAUGAAGUAGGACCUAAGAAGCACCACGUUGGUGCUUCUGAGGUAGUGGAACAAAGUCGGAAGCGACUGGAAAAAAAUGGCGGGGGCGGCGGCGGCGGCGGAGGCGGUAGCGGUGGUCACGGAGGCGGCCAUCAUGAGAAGGGAGGCGGAAAAGAACAUCACGCAGACCACCACGAAACUGAUGGCCACAAGGGUGAUAAGGGCUAUAAGGGACAUCAUAGCUACGACAAGGGCGAAAAGGGACAUCACGACAAAGAGGCGCACAAGGGUCAUUACAGCGACCACGGGGGGAAGAAAGCGGAGCAUCAUGAAGGAGGAGGUCACCACGGCGAGCACCAUCAUGGUGAGAAGGGCGAGAAGGGCGCAAAGUACGGUGAAGAGGGUGAUCACAAGAAGGGACACAGCACUAAGGGCGAGCACAACGUCCACAAGAAGGACGAAUACGAAAAGAAGCACGAGUUCUAUGACGAACAUCACGAGGGAGGCGAACACAGUAAGUUUGGAGAGUUCUUCGGCGAGCAUGAGGGCAAGGAGGGCGGUCACAAAAAGGGCGGACAUCACAAGUCCGGUUACCAUGACGACCACUUCGGCAAGAAGGGCCAUCACGAAAAGGGACAUCACCACGACGAUCACAAGGGCCACAAGGGCGAGGAUGGCCAUGAGGAACAUCACGGACACAAAGAGGAGUACGGCAAAAAGGAGGGUCACGAGGAAGGAAAGAAGUGGGGUUAUAGCAGUGGAGACGGCGGUCACGGAGGAGGUGGGGGCGGGGACAUAAUUUACUUCCUCAUAACCCCUCGAACGUAG